AUGGAGUGUAGAGAUAUCAAAGAUCAGUGUCCACUGGUCCAAGCCAUUUUCAGCAGAAAUACUGAAGAAGUGACAUUUUUGCUAAGCCAUAAAGAGGAUGUCAAUUCAUUGGACCGCGAACAAAGCACGCCGCUUCACGCCGCCGCCUACCUCGGCGAAGUGAACAUGAUGGAAGUACUUAUCGGCGCAGGUGCCAAUGUCAACGCCAAGGACCAAGGUUUGUUGACUCCUUUACAUCGAGCGGCCGCCUCCAGAAAUGAAAGGGCCGUGGAGCUGCUUUUAAAGCACGGUGCGGAAAUCGACGCACGGGACCAAUUCUGGCACACGCCGCUUCACGUGGCCGCGGCAAACUGGGCGACGCGCUGCGCCGAAUCGCUGAUGCCGCUGGCGCGCGGCCCGGAUGUCUACGACCGCUCGGGAAGAACGCCUUUGCAUCACGCGGUGUACAGCGGAAACGCAGAGGUACGCUUCCCCGAAAUGGUGAACUGGCUUCUCGGCAACGGCGCCGACGCGAGCGGCAAAGACAAAAUGGAAAGGCGACCCAUCCACUGGGCCGCGUAUCUCGGUCAUUUGGACAUUGUGAAGAUGCUGGUGUCUCACGGCACGGAUGCCGCGUGCAAAGACGAACGUGGCUCGACGCCGCUCCACGCCGCAGCCAUUGGCGGACAUUUAGAUGUGCUCAAAUAUCUGUUGGAACUAGGAGUGGAGACCGACCAAGCCGACGCGUUCGGAAACACGGCGCUCCACGCGGCCUGCCGCGCGGGUCGGGACGCCGCGGCCUCCGAGCUGGUGAACCGCGGCGCCGACGUCGACCGGGCCAACCGCCGCGGCGAGGCUCCGCUGCACCUGGCCGCCGCCUCCUCCGGCGGGGCGCCGUGUCUGGAGCUGCUCGUCGACAACGGGGCCGACGUCAACGCGGGGAGUAAGGAAGGGAAGAGCCCUUUGCAUAUGGCCGCUACGCACGGCCGCUUCACGGGCUCCCAGAUCCUUAUCCAAAAUGGCGGCGAGACGGAUUGCGCGGACAUAUACGGCAACACUCCUCUACAUGUCGCCGCCCGUUACGGUCAGGAGUUGUUGAUCAGCACUCUGCUGACAAACGGUGCCGACAAAGCCAGACAGGGGAUGCACGGAAUGCUUCCGUUACACCUGGCUGCGCUGUACGGCUUUUCGGAUUGCUGUCGCAAGUUGCUCACAAAUGGCCAUUAUUACAACACGGCGCCUUCUUCAACAAACUGUCAAAUGCCUUCCUUUGGCUUUGAUAUAAACACACAAGACGAACUCGGGAGGACCUGUUUGCACGCGGCCGCAUUUGGAGGAGAUCUCGACUGUCUGAACAUGUUGUUGGAUAGCGGAGCCGACUUAGACGUCAAGGAUCAUUUGGGAAGGUCUCCUUUGCACUACGCCGCCGCCAACGGUAACGGCCGGUGCGCCGUCACGCUGGUGAGAGGCGGCUCGGAGAUCAACGAGUUAGACCUGAUGGGCUGCGGCCCUCUGCACUACGCCGCCGCAUCGCGCUCCUUCUUCGGCGGAGAGACCGGCGCAGACUUGGAAAAGGAACAAGAAGCCUCUCUCUGUUUGGAGUAUUUGCUGGACAGUGGAGGAAACCCAACCGUAAAGAACACAAAAGGUUACAGUGCGGUCCACUACGCGGCAGCUUACGGCAACAGGCAUCACCUGGAAAUGCUCUUAGAGAUUUCUUUCAACUGUCUGGAAGAGGCUGAAAGUAAUAUUCCUGUCAGUCCACUUCACUUAGCCGCAUAUUACGGUCACCGCGAAGCCCUCCGCCUGCUGUGCGAGACCUUGGUGAGUCUGGACGUGCGAGACGCGGACGGACAAAGUGCCCUCCACCUCGCCGCUGGGAGAGGUUUUACCCCCUGCGUAGAGGUGCUGCUGGAACACGGAGCUUCCUGCACGCUGAGAGAUGAUAAGCGGAAGAGGACCGCUCUCCAUGCCGCAGCCGCGGGAGGCCACGUGGACUGUCUGCUCUUGCUGGUGAAUGGGGAACACGGCGCCGACAUUAUCGACGGUCAAGAUACACGAGGACAGACCGCUCUCAUGUUGGCUGCUCUGGGUCGUCAUACGGAUUGCGUCCACAUCCUGUUGGAAAAAGGAGCCGAUCCGGACGCCGGCGACCAAAAGGGCUCGACCGCAUUACAUCGAGCUGCGGCGCUGGGCUGCGCGGACGGCGCGUCGGCUUUAUUGGAACACGGCGCCUCCGCUCUGUGUCGGGACGCUCGCGGAAGGACGCCGCUGCAUUUGGCCGCGUCGUGCGGCCACGCGCGGUUACUACGCGCUUUAUUACAAGCUGCGAUGAAAGCGGACCCUCUGGACUCCAUGUUGGAUUACAGAGGCUACACGCCCACUCACUGGGCCGCCUACCGUGGUCAUGAAGGAUGUUUACGCAUUUUACUUGAAAAGAAGCUUUUUGGCAACCAGGAAGGAAAUUCCUUCAAGCCGUUGCACUGUGCUUUAAUUAAAGGUCACGACGUCGCUGCUGGACUUCUCCUAAAGACGGUCGGAACUCAAAUCAUCCGUGGUCGUGAUGCCAAAGGAAGGACCCCGCUGCACGCUGCCGCCUACUCGGGAAACGUCACGGGGCUCCGACUGCUCCUGGCCCGAGGGGCGGAGCUGGACGCUCGGGACCGCGGCGGACGCUCCGCUUUAAUGGUCGCCGCUGACCGCGGACAUAGCGCGGCCGUCGAAUUCUUGGUGCACAAGGUGAAGCCAGACCUGACCCUGGUGGAUGUCAAUAAUAACACAGCCCUUCACUUAGCGUGCAUUAAGGGUCACGAGAUGUGCGCCCUGCUGCUUCUAGGAGUCAUCGGCGACCGCUCUCUCAUCGACGCCACCAACGACGCGCUCCAAAUGCCCCUCCACAUCGCGGCGAGGAAAGGUCUGGCGACGGUGGUACAGGUGCUACUCGGCAGAGGAGCGGCGGUCACGGCCGUGGACGGCGAAGGCCGCACCCCAGCUCUGGCUUGCGCCCCCAACGAGAAAGUGGCCGACUGCCUCGCCCUGAUCCUUUCCACCAUGAAGCCUUUUCCCGGCAUCUCCGGUUUCAACCCGACUCGAAAUAACUGCGGAAUGGCCGCCGGUCGCGGCUCCGACGGAGGAUUGCGUCAUCCCUACGUGGAGGGGCGUUCCGGCGCCGUCGACCUGCACCGGUGUCUCACGGAGUGA